GAUAAGCUGGCAUCAGAAUAAUGUAAAUGAAGAGAGGCAGCAUGAGGAAGCAGAAGUUACUGAAGCUAAUCCAGCGUAUCACUGUCACGGCUACUCACAGGCCUGCGAGGAUGGAAAAAGGGAGCAGCAUCAGGCCAGGAGGAAGCUCUGCGUAGCAUCAGUAAUUUGCAUCUUCUUCAUGGCUGCUGAAAUUAUAGGGGAGUAUAUCGCCGGGAGCCUGGCGGUGGUAACCGACGCGGCGCACAUACUGGUGGACCUGACAAGCUUCCUCAUCAGCCUCUUCUCACUGUGGCUCGCCUCCAAACCUCCCACCAAACAGUUAACUUUUGGGUGGCACCGAGCAGAAAUUCUGGGAGCUUUGAUGUCUAUGCUAAUCAUUUGGAUGGUGACUGGUUUGUUGAUAUAUUUGGCUAGCAUGAGGCUGCUACACUCCGAUUACAAUGUUGAUGCUACCGUGAUGCUCAUUACCUCUGCUUGUGCCGUGGUUGCCAACAUCCUACUAAGCCUGAUUCUGCACCAGACCAGCCACAAGCACUGCCAUGGGGCACAAGCCAGGGACCACAUGCCAGCGCCUUUGGAAAAGCCAGCUCUGAGCAAUGCCAGUCUGCAGGCAGCCUUCGUGCAUGCCAUUGGAGAUCUAUUCCAGAGUAUUAGUGUGCUAAUUAGUGCACUUAUCAUCUUCUUUAAGCCAGAAUACAAAAUAGCUGACCCAAUCUGCACAUUUGUGUUUUCCAUCUUUGUUUUGGCAACCACCAUCACCAUUUUAAGGGAUAUUUUGAUGGUGUUAAUGGAAGGAACAUCAAAAGGACUUGCUUAUAAUGCAGUGAGAGCAAGAAUUUUAGCAGUUGAGAAAGUGGAGUCUGUUCACAACCUUCAUCUUUGGUCUCUGACAAUGAAUCAAACUAUGCUAUCUGCUCAUGUUGCCACAGCAGACACAGCGGACAGCCAGAAGAUUUUGAGAGCUAUUAUGCAAGCCCUCUCUGAGCACUACAGCUUCCACUCCAUCACCAUUCAGAUUGAAUCGGGAGAGGAUCAAAAACAAGACUGUGUCUUCUGCCAAGAGCCCAGGGAUUAA